AUGAAAACAGUGUGGUGUCUGGAUCCACCUUCUAAAAAGUCUACCAAGGGUCUGGCUCCAAAAGCUCCAAAAGGUCUGAAGGUUCACUAUCCUUCACCCCAUGAGCUACUUCAGACUCCUCGUAAAUACAAAUCACCUACUGAUAUAGUCCCUUGCCAUUAUAAGACACCUAUGGAACUUGUAGAGGAAUUUAAAGCUAAGCAAAGGCUUGCAUCCUCUGUUCCUUUGCCAGAGGAGGAGGAGGAUGAGGACACUGAUGAAAACAAUGAGGAAGACAUACCCAGUAAAGGCUUGUAUCAAUCGGCAUCAGCCCCCCCAGCAGGAACUCAUAUUGUUCAACUUGUGCCUUUUGUGAACUAUGUUCCCAGGACAGAGGACCAGGAGAGACAUGCUGGAGGAUUUGGAUCUACAGGACCUCCACAAGUAUUUUGGUCACAGACUGUCUCCCACAAAUGUCCACAGAUGGUUUGUGAACUGUGCAAUGGAAAAGGCUUGCCUUCUGCUGUUAAGAUGCUGGACCGUGGUGGGUUCCUGCUCGGUGUGUGCAUCCUGUUUUGUCUCGGGGGAACCAGCAGUGAGGACUCCUACACAGAACAGCUCAAACGACUCAAUUCGUGGAACAGCCACAACGUCUGGGUGACCCUGAUGAAAGCACUGAACCAAACCACCUUCUGUGCCUCUUUGGUGAAACCAGAGCUGCCUUUUCAUAUGUGCCUUAUUGGGGCAACUGUAAAUAACUCUGAUGUAGUGAAACUUGUUUCUAAUGUCACACACUUACCCGAUUUGGCAACAAAGGCUUGUAAUGCUUCUGCGCAGAGCUGCAUUGCAAAUGUAAAUGAUUGGCUUGUUAAGCUAUCAGAAGGCAUUGCACCACAGGAGUUAGAUAUUUUUGGUACCUUAACUGCUGCUGCUUGCUUUUAUUUUGAUUAUACAGGCACAACACUAAGUACUGUUGUAACAGAACCACAAUGUUAUUUCGGGUUCCAGCAGAAAUAUGGAAGAAUGUUCCUCAUAUAUGAAAGUGAGACACUGGCACAGACCAGUCCAUGUUCUGAGACUCAGAAAAUGGAAAAUGAAACCCCAUAUACAACUGUUGCUUGUGAUAAAGGUUUGAAGAAAACAAUCAGCAGCCAGUUGCCUACUGCAUGA